AUGGUCAUUUACGAACUAUACUCGAAAGAUUCUACAGAUAUGCACUAUAGGGCAAAAGAGAAAAUUCCUCAAAAAAUUGAGUGUAGUUUGUUGGUAGUUUGUAGCAACCAUUUAAUAAUAUGUCAAGAAAACACCUUACAAAGCCUAUUGUUUAGCGGCGAAAAGGAAAAAUCCUGGACCUUUUCCAGCCCUAUACGUUACAUCAAAAACAUCGGAGGCCCUGCGGGCAAAGAAGGCCUAUUGUUAGGCUUAAAAAACGGCCAAGCAUGGCAAGUCCACCUGGACAAUGUCCACCCUUUAUUAAAACAAACAAUAAAUUCAAGCAUUAGAUGUCUGGAUUUAAGCAGAGACAAGUCCAAACUGGCCUUAGUAGAUGAAACAGGCCUGAUGCAAAUCUUCAAACAUUCAACUUUGUGCUAUCAAGAACACAACGUUAAUAGUGUUGCGUUUAAUACCCAUUACGAAGAAAUGCUGGCUUAUAGUGGCACUAAUGAUACACUAUCAUUGAAAAUUUUAGACUUUCCAAGCCACAUACAAAAACUGAGCGGCUUUGUAGUAGGCCUAACAGGCUCUAAAGUGUUUUGCCUCAACGGCUCAAACAUGAACACAAUAGAGCUACCAUUAAGCACCCCAAUGUAUCAAUUCCUGGAAAAAAACCAAUUCAAAGAAGCUUAUAAAGUGGCCUGCCUGGGCGUCACUGAUGGUGAUUGGGAAGAAUUAGCCCACACCGCCUUGGAACAUUUAGACUUAAAAAUCGCCCGCCUUGCCUUUGUAAAACUACAAAACUUCAACUAUUUGGAAUUAAUCCAGGAAAUUAGCCACAAACAAUUAUUUGAAAAAGAAGUUAUUUUAGGUGAUAUUUUGGCAAUGAAGGGCAAAUUCAAAGAAGCCGCAAGGCUUUACCAGAAAUCGGGCAACGAUGCAAAAGCCUUAACAAUGUAUACAGAUUUAAGGAUGUUUGAUGAAGCUCAAGAGUUUUUGGGCAACAAAGACAAUAAGGCAUUAAUCAGGCAAAAGGCCGAUUGGGCUAAAAACAUUAACGAACCCAAAGCAGCUGCUGACAUGUAUAUUUCAAUAGGUGAUAUUGAAAUUGCUAUUGAAAUCUACUUUGAGCAACAAUGGAGCGAGCAACUAAUUCAACUAGGAAGGCAAUUGGAUAAAUCCUCCACUCAUUUAAGCCUUGUAGCUCAACGUUUGCAGCAAUUGAAUCAAAAAGCUUCAGCAGCUGAAAUCUAUAGACGUUUAGGUGAUUCAUUAAGCGUCCUAAAGCUACAUAUUGAAGCAAAUGAAUGGCCUCAGGCUUUUAGUUUAAUACAAAAUCAGCCUAAUUUAAGUGCCUUGGUUUACGUGCCUUAUGCUCAAUAUUUAGCGGAAAACGACCAAUUUGUCAAGGCCCAAAAGGCUUUUCAUAAAGCAGGCAAAUCGCAAGAGGCCUUUAAGGUUUUCAGGCAACUGACAUCAAACGCUGUAGACGAAAUGAGAUUCGAUGAUGCUUCGUUUUACUACUGGAUAAUUUCCAGGCAGUAUUUAGACUUGAAUUGUUUGGAAGAUUUCAGGCACAACCAAUCACUGGCCGAAAUUUAUUAUGCCUACCAAACAAUUCACAAAUAUUUAGAAGAACCUUUCACAUCUUACAUGCCAGAAGCAUUAUUUAAUAUUUCCAGAUUCCUAGUAGUUGAAAUUGGUUUUAAUAAGCCUCAAAACAUUUCUCAAUUUGCUAUAAUAUUUACUCUAGCUAAACAAGCUUCUAAGUUAGGUGCAAACAAGCUGGCAAAUCAGUUGUAUGACAAGCUACAAUAUUUGAAAAUCCCCAAGAAAUUCGAAGAGCAACUCGAAAUUGCUGCAAUUGCCUCAAAAUCCAAACCCUAUCGGGAUCCGGAAGAGCUUCUACCAAUGUGCUAUCGUUGUUCGACUUACAAUCCUGCCUUAACCAAUUUUUGCACCAGUUGCAAACAACAAUUUGUUUAUUCGUUUGUAAGUUUCGAGCUGUUGCCUUUAGUUGAGUUCAAAAUUGAAGCAAACCUAACUGACGAUGAAGCUGUGAGGCUUAUUCAAACUCCGCAUAAGCGUGAGUGCAUUUUAAAUGAAAAUGUGCAAACUUUAGAGUUGGCUAGUGAUACAACAAAUUUUGCAGUAAUAUUGAGCAAGCAAGAGUUGUUGGAAUUGGAGCCCGAGACUGUUUUGGUGUGCAAAUGGGGCCCGCCUUUGAAAUAUCAGUUUUAUAGGAAUGUUUUGCCAGAGUUAAAUGUUACUGUUUGUAAUUCUUGCUUUAAAGCGUUUCACGUUGAUGAUUUCGAGCUGCAAUUGCUUCAAAAGGGCUUUUGCCCUUUUUGUAGGGUGGCUCCUGAUAGUGUAGACCUGAAUGAUGAUUUUGUUGUUGAAUAA